GUCCAAUUCCAAUUCACUUUGCUGACAGACACUCUCUAUUCUCCACUACCAGCCGAACUCAGACCAGUUAUUGAUUACGAUCAAGAUGAGGAAACUACCAUUCCGAGAACAAUAGUGGCUGUUGAGGUACAAGAUAUCAAAAAUGGUGCCACGCAUUAUUGGUCAUUAGAGAAGUUACGUCAAAGAUUGGAAAUAAUGCGUCUAAUCUAUAACGAAGAGCUAAUGGACGUUCAAAGCCCCGAAGAAUCCACGCCGCCUUUGCUGAGAUGUCUAGCGCAAUGUCCGCCAUCUCCAUCACGCUUCUCACUAACCAGUUUAAUACCUUCGAGGCAACGUUUGGAACUCAUGCGAGAAAUGUACCACAACGAAGCUGAAAUGUCACCCACAUCGCCAGACUAUAACGUCGAAUCUUUAACUGGGGGCGAUCCCUUCUACGACAGAUUUCCUUGGUUCAGAAUGGUAGGUAGAGGGUUCGUCUACCUAAGCAAUCUCUUGUACCCAAUCACGCUCAUCCACAAAGUCGCAAUCGUUAGCGAAAAAGGCGAUGUUAGAGGUUACCUCAAGGUUGCAGUUCAGGCAGUAAUGGACGAAGAUAACUCUGACCAAGUGGGGGUACGUCAGAGCGCAAGGAUAGCCUUCGAGUCUACCCCAAAGACUAUCAUGGAUCGUAACAUUCGCAAUAUGGAAGAAAGAAUAAUUGAAGGUCAAAAUAAUAUCGAUCCGAUUAAGUUGGAUGAACUCAUCGAAUGUGAUGCUGAUUCUGGGAGGGGAGAUAGCUCUAUAUCGUCUGAUUUGAAAGAGGAGGAAAUACCGGACCAUCUGAGUAUUGGAAAGGAGUUUACGUUUAGAGUAACCGUGUUACAGGCAGUAGGAAUUUCGACAGAGUACGCAGACAUUUUCUGUCAGUUCAACUUCCUUCACAGACACGAUGAAGCUUUCUCAACGGAACCUGUGAAAAAUACCGGAAAGGGAACUCCUCUUGGUUUUUAUCAUGUCCAGAAUAUCACGGUAUCCACUACAAAAUCCUUUGUCGACUACAUCAAAAGUCAGCCGAUAGUAUUCGAAGUAUUUGGCCACUAUCAGCAGCAUCCUCUGCAUAAGGAUGCGAAACUGGAAGGAAGCAUUCGCCAGCCACCUAGAAGGAUGUUGCCUCCAUCCAUACCGAUCUCGCAACCGGUGAGAUCGAGCAAGUUUGGGGCCCUGCCUUCUCCUUGCACUGCUCACAUCCACGCCAAAGCUGACGUUUUGGUUUGGUUCGAGAUUUGUGAGCUGGCACCCAAUGGGGAGUAUGUUCCGUCGGUGGUGGAGCAUAGUGACGACUUUCCCUGCAGAGGACUCUUCUUAUUACAUCAGCUGGAAAACUGUGGUCGACCUGCCAUCAUUACAAAGGAUCUGAGUAUGGUCAUAUACGGAAGAGACGCUCGUACAGGUCCUAGAUCUCUGAAACACCUCUUUUCUGGAAACUACCGAAAUGCUGAAGCUAACCGCUUAUCCGGAGUCUACGAAUUGCUGUUACGACGAGCCAGCGAAGCAGGUAGUCCAGGUGUCCAAAGACGUCAGAGAAGAGUACUGGAUACUAGUUCAACAUACGUUCGAGGAGAAGAAAAUUUGCACGGUUGGAGACCAAGAGGAGAUUCGCUUAUAUUUGAUCAUCAGUGGGAAUUAGAAAAACUGACUCGCCUCGAGGAAGUGGAAAGAGUCAGGCAUACUUUGCUGUUGAGAGAAAGGCUCGGGCUAGACAGGGCGUUGAACUACAACAAAUACCGUCUGGAAUAUACAAAGAACGAGAAAGACGUUUGUAACAUGGUUGCCAAGAACAAUAAUAUUAACGCUAUAG